GUUCUCACACAAUACCUAAAAAUUUUUCCCGCUUUGCUUUGCUUCUCUGAAUUGCUUUUGUCAUUUUUCCACUUUCGCAAAGAAUAUCAUAACCAUGUCUCAGGAUCUUAAGGGCGCCCUUGUCGGUUUCUGCAACCCGCUGCUUGACAUCUCGUCGGUUGUCGACGACUCGCUUCUGAAAAAGUACAGCCUGAAGGCCAACGACGCCAUUCUCGCCUCGCCCGAGCACGUCCCCCUGUUCCAGGAGCUGAUUGACUCGUGGGACGCCAAGUUCCUGCCUGGCGGCGCCGGCCAGAACGCGCUGCGCGGUGCCCAGCUUCUGCUGCCAGCCGACUCGGCCGUGUUCAUCGGCGCCGUGGGCAAGGACGAGAACGCGCAGCGUCUGAAGGGAGCGGCUGACAAGGCCGGCUUGCGCACCAACUACAUGGUGAACGAGGAGAAGCCGACCGGCACCUGCGCUCUGCUGAUCACGGGCCCGAACCGCUCGAUGGUGGCGAACCUGUCGGCGGCCGAGACGUACAGCGCCGAGCACAUCAAGAAGCCCGAGAACUGGAAGAACAUCGAGGAUGCCAAAUUCUACUACAUCACCGGCUUCUUCUUCACCGUGUCGCCCGAGACCAUCGAGCGCGUGGCCAAGCACGCCAACGAGAACAACAAGACCUUCACCAUGAACCUGUCGGCGCCGUUUGUCCCGCAGUUCUACAAGGAGAAGGUUGCCGAGACCCUGCCGUAUGUCGACAUUCUGUUCGGUAACGAGACCGAGGCCGCGGCGUUUGCCCAGAACUUUGGCAUUGAGUCUGACGACAUCAAGAAGAUCGCCAAGACAAUCGCUGACUUGCCCAAGGAGAGCAGCAAGCCGCGUCUGGUUGUGUUCACCCAGGGCGCCGAGAGCACUGUGGUUGCGUCGUCCGACUCGGACGAGAUCCGUGUGUACCCGGUCACCCCGGUGCCGGCCGAGGAGAUUGGCGACUCGAACGGUGCUGGUGACGCCUUCGUUGCUGCCUUCCUGUCGCAGCACAUCCUGGGCCGCUCGGUUGACGAGUGUGUUGAGGCUGGUACCUGGCUCGGUGGCGAGGUCGUCCGCGAGAUCGGCCCCAACUACCCGAACCGCGAGCUCAAGUACGUUCCCUCUGGAUCGUUCGCUCCCAAGGUCCUGAAGCUCUAAGCGUAGCCCUCCAUUUUUGCAAACCAGCAUUACUUUCAUUCACACUUUUGCAAGUGUUUCAACAGGUAUUUGAAGCAGUGAAAAGCCUAGUAGUUCGCUACAUGUUCUUUUUGACCGAGGAGUUUGGUAUUUGACCGGUUUAAACAGGAACUUGC